AUAGAAAUAUUGUUUGCAUUUGGUUAAUUAUGAAAUAAAAUAGUUAAAAUUAUUAGCAAAUACGUACAACUAAAUAUUAUGUACUGUUUAAUUCAUAAAAUAAAUUAUUGCUUCGUCCACAUACAUAUGUACGUCGAAUUUAAAUUCCAACAAUUCUCUAAUUUUUCAACUUGUUCAAUUGUUAGAAUAAACUUAAUAGAAAAUAACAGACGACGGUUAUUAUUUAAGUCAAUAAUUUAUUUAUUGUUAAUAUUUUACAAUGCCAAAUACGAAUUUCAACUGUUUGCGAUGUAAUGUUGCACUCGCAAAUGAAUUCCAAUUGAUUUUCGAUGAAACUGGCAUCGAAUUGCAGCUGGACAAACUUCUAGCCGAGCACUUUAAGAUCUAUGUUGUAAGAGAACCCGAUGUUACUCAAGCCCUAUGCGAUGAAUGCGUUAACAAGCUUAUAGAACUCUAUGAUACAAAAGUCUAUAAGGAAGAAAUACUUGAAUCCGUCGAGCUUGAAAAUGAUGAAAGCAAUCAUACAGAAAUGGAUAUCAAAAAAGUAGAAGAAGCACCCUCAAACGAUGGUGAUGAAGCCGGCGAAGGAGACAAUGUCAUUAUAGAAGAAGAAAUUGACUAUGAAGAACUUAUUGAGGAAUCAACAACUUUCACGGACAACGAAGAGUUUUUUGGAAUCAAGGAAUCAGAAGGGAUAAAUGAAGAGGAAUUUGGAGAGAUAACCGAUGAGGACAGUGUAAAUUAUCAAGACUAUCUGGGAAAUGUCAUUAAAAGUGACCUGGAGCGAACAGCUUUCGAUCAGAAUUCCGUUUGUAGAUUGUGUAAGGACUCCUUAAACAGUCACAAUAAUGUCCUUGCACAUGUUUUGGAAAGCCAUCAAACUGAAUCUGAGCAAUAUCCCUGCAUUUUUUGUGAUGAACCAACAAAAAAUUUUGAUUCGAUCGCUAAUCUGGCUUACCAUAUUGUCUUAAAACACUAUGACUUAAAUUCAAUUGAAAUUUAUUGCAUUUGUCCGGAGUGCAAUUCAAGGUUUUCAUCGUUUCUAGAAUGUAAUAAACAUUCAUGUUAUAAAAAAAAUGUCGGCAGUCGUUUACAACAAGAUUGCGAUAAAUGCUCGAAAAAGUUUAUAUCCAAUAAAAGGUACCGGUUUCAUUUACAAUUUCACCUGAAGAAACAAAGACCAAAAGUUUGUUUUAUCUGUGAUAUUUUAUUUUCGGAUGAAAACGAUUUUUUCGAGCACAUUAUGUUCGCUCAUGAGAAGGAUAACUCAUUUGUAUGUAAAAAAUGCGAUCGGGUAUGCAGUUCCAAAGAGCUUUACGACAAUCACAUGAAACUCCAUGAUGCCGUUCGAUCAUUUCACUGUCCGCACUGUUCAAAAUCUUAUUUCUAUAAUCAAAUGCUUACGAAUCAUAUUCAAACACAUCACUCAAACGAACAAUCGCAUGAAUGUAAAAUCUGCAACAAAUCUCUUGCCAACAAGCAUCUUCUAAAACGUCACAUGCAAUUGGUGCAUCUGGAAGAAACCGAAAACGAUGUAUUUGUAUGCUUAGCAUGUGGCUUAAUUGGGAUUUCUGAAGAUGAUAAAAUGUUUCAUAAAGACGAUGAUAAAUGUCCCGGAGCAGAAGUUAGCAUAGAAUGUUUGAAAAUUGCUUAUGCCUGUGAGUUUUGUGAACUUGCUUUUAAAAGUGUCCAAAACUUAAAAGAACAUAGGAGCGCCAUUCAUGACGAUAACGUCUUCAAGUGUUGGAUAUGUGAGAGUACAUAUUCCGAGUAUAAAAAGCUAAAAACCCACAUUCUCACUCACGCUAUCAUAGAACCAAUUCAAAAAUCGUUUCCAAUAAACAGGCAUUAUGUAUGCAAUGUUGAUUCGUGUGAUAAAACCUAUUUAACUUGGCCAUCUUUGCGAGCUCAUAAAUCACGCCAUGCAACAAAAUAUAAUUGUGACGUCUGUACUCAAACAUUUACCACUGAAUCAAAGCUGAAUACCCAUCUCAAAGCUCAUGAUAAUAACGAGGAGUAUCCUUGUCAAUUUUGCUCCAAAUUGUGCACCUCACAAAUGUCACUUUCUGUGCAUAUUGCACGAAAACACAACAACAAUUCUGAAAUCUGUCCUAUUUGCAAGUCAACUUUAAAUUCUGAGGAUGCCCUCAAGGAGCACAUCGAGAAUCUACACACCGAAGUUACAUGUGAAGAGUGUGGUAAAGUUACUAAGAAUAAACGUAAUCUUGCGGUUCAUAUUCAAAUGAUUCAUGGCCAAGUUAAGAGAUUCUUUUGUUCCGUAUGUGAAAAGGGCUAUUUCAAUAACAGCGAUUUAAAGACUCAUGAGAGAACUGCGCAUAUAGAACCGAACAAGUUCAAAUGUCAAUAUUGCAACUUUAGCUCGAGCUAUGAAGCAUCUUUUAAGGCUCACUUACUUAAACAUGACCAAAAUAAACCUUUUAAAUGUCAAGAAUGUUCAAGGGAGUUCACUCGGAGAGCCUGUUAUAAAUUGCAUUUACUUAGGCAUUCGGAUAACAAACCAUUUGUUUGUCCAGUUGAAUUAUGUGGCCGAAGUUUUGUAAUGCCAGGGAUUUUGAAUUCGCAUAUUAAAAAUGCACAUCCAGAAUGUAAAGAAAGCAAAGUGAAAAGAAAUAUGUCACAACAACGUCUAGGUAAAAGAAAGAGGAUCAAUCAAAAACCCAUAAAGGAAGAUUUGGAAGCGGGUAAUUCUUCUGAUUACGUUAUAACGGAAGUAUAUUCUGAGAGUGAAUAUUUAGACGAGGAAGGUGGUGACAUUGUAAUAUUUGAUGGAACUGAAGCUGAGGAAGAAAUUAUUUUGACAGAGGAAAAUAUGUAUAUUGAAUAGAGCUUAGGACUUAACAUACUGUAGACAUAAGGCUUACAAAUAAAAUUACAUUUUGUAUAUAUUACUUAUUAA